AUGAAAGGAUUAUCAGCAAAUGAAAUUAAAAAUUAUCUUGAAGACACCACAUUUCUAAGAGACUGUAUGAAUAGUUUACAAGAAUACACUAGUACUAUUGUUACAUUAUUUCAACAACUUCAUACUGAAAUGGCUAGUUUUUCAAGUAAAUUACAAGAAAUGGGAAAUAUGAGAGAAAUGACGAAUAUGAAUCAAUUAAAGUCAAAAAUGUUAGAACCGUUAUUAAUUUUUGCACAAACACAACAACAAUUAUCAGAAAUAUUUUAUGACAUUCAAUCAGCUACCCAAAGCAUUAACCAAUCAAUUAUUGAUACUCAACAAAUAUAUAUUAAUCCAUUAUUUAAUUCAUUACAAACUCAUAACUCUCAAAGUAAAUGGAAUAUUUGGUCUUGGUGGAGUCAACCAAAUCAAGAAUUUACUGAUGCAACAAAAAUUCAAUUAACAUUAACAUUAGGUAGUUGGGAAUUCAAAUUAAAAUUAGGAGGAACAAUGGAAGCGAUCUAUCGAGCAUUUCAAGAUGGGUCUAUUAGUGCUAGUGGAGAUGAAAAUUUUACAAAAACUAUGACAAAAGCAAGAAUAGAAAAAACAAAAUAUUUCAUGAAAUACAAGAGGUGUCAAGGUGGUUAUCAAGGUAAAACCUUAGACGAAAUUUUAACAAUGGAAGAACGUGAAGGUUCAAUCCCUUCUGGUAUUGAAAAUAUUAUUGAAAAUAUUAAAGCAAAUGGAUAUACUACUGAAGGUAUAUUUAGACUAUCUCCUAGUGAAAAAGAUAUUAGAGAUGUUUAUGAUAGACUAGGUGUAAUCGACUUCGAAGGAUUAGAUUACAUUUUAAUGGCUGCUGUAUUAAAAAGAUUCUUUAGAAAUCUUCCUGAAAAAGUAUUUAAUCGAAUUAAUACUAAUAAAGCCCUUUCAAUAAACAAAAUAAAAGCUUAUAAUAUUGGGACAUUAAAAAGUUUUAUUAAAGGAUUACCAAAGAAUAAUAUUAUGAUUAUAAAACAAUUAUUUGGAUUGUUAUAUAAAAUUAAUACUUAUUCAGAUACUAAUAAAAUGAAUGCUCAAAACUUGGCUACUAUAUGGAUUCCUUGCUUAUUUGAAAUACCACAAGAAAGUCCAGUUGUGUUCUCUUGUAGACUUAAUGAAUUAAAGACAUUUUUUGUUGCACUAAUAGACAAUUAUUAUGAACUAUUUCCUGAUUUUAGUGAUAGAAAAUCAUUAAGGCUAUCUUCUUGCAGAAAGUCAUGUCAUGAAAGAACACUUACUCGGUCACAGUCAGAAUGGGCAGCCAGUUCUGAGUCUGUUGAUAAAAAUAUUAAAUAA